AUCUGAUUUUGUUUUUGUUCAAAUUUGUAAAUUCUUCUUCCAAAUUUGUUCGUUUAACUGUUUAGCAUGUCUGAUGACUUUCUGACAUUCUUGAAAUUCAGCAUGCAUUGCUUCAAAUAUAUCUACAUAUACUUUGUGUGUGUCAACCUUUUGGAGCAUCUGAUACAGGGCCAGGAGGGAAGCUCCAAUUGAAGGCGACCAGCUGAGCUUUCGCUAUGGGAGUAUCAGGAGAUGCUGUUGCAGCCACAAUACGCAUACGGAAUGGAAUUGGUCGAGCUUAUUUCCCCUAAUGGCCCUGGUCGAGUUGUGUCAAAGGAUCUCAGGAAGUCGAAGGCAACGUGUUUCAAGAGCUGCCACAAAAUUCGGCCAAGAUGUGAACCGCCCUUAGAGAAUGAAGUCAGUUUAGGUUUCCAAUUCGAUCACAUUUUGGAUAAUUUUGAUGGCAACUGAAUACGAAACU